CCUGCUUCAAGCAGCUUCAACAAUGGCAACUGCAUGGACACUGAAACUAAUGGUUUUGCUGCUUUUUCUGUCAAUGACUCCGCCAAAAACAGUGUAUGGUGAAGAUGAACAGUGGUGCAUAGCAGAUGAGCAGACACCUGAUGAAGAGUUGCAGGCAGCCGUGGAUUGGGCAUGUGGGAAAGGAGGAGCAGAUUGCAGUAAGAUUCAAGCGAAGCAAAGUUGCUUCUUCCCAAACACAAUGAGGAGCCAUGCUUCCUUUGCUUUCAACAGCUAUUUCCAGAAGUUCAAGCAUUCUGGAGGAUCUUGCUACUUCAGAGGUGCUGCCAUUAUCACACAAGAAGAUCCCAGUUAUGGUUCCUGCCACUAUGACUUAAUUCCCGAUUCAAAUCAUCAAUAGAGGAGACUUGAAGAGGCUCCACCAUAAUUUUUGAAUUGCUUCUUGAAUGAAAUGGAUGCAUUAUUACAAUCUUUUCCCUAAAACCUGGCGAGCCUGCAGAAUUUAGGUCAAUUCAGUUUUUUGUUUUUUUGGCCAAUAGGUCAAUUCAGUUUUAAACUUUGAUGUAUGGUAACGUUCAAUAAAUUUAAUAUACCUUCUUUGGAUC